GUAAAUGCUGCUAGAAUUUAUAUAGAAAUAUGAUGUAUAUACACCAUAGCUUCAACUUAAUUAAAUAUUGGGUUUAAAUAUUGUUACCAGGCCAUAAACCUUUAAAAAAAAUUGAAUAAAUAGUUUUUAGUUACACCAUAGUUAUUGUAAUUUGCAGUAAAUAAUUAUUAUUUUGCGAUUGUUGGCGGUGAUACGUAUUAUGAAGUUUUGUGAGUGACACGACAUACAUAACCAAAAAAACUUAUAAAGAAGUUAGUUAUAUAUUAUUUUAUUGAUUCAAUUAGGCAAAAACCACAAAGAAAUUUAAGGUUUCGUGGUUUCUGUCACUUAUUUAGGAAAGACAUAAUCGACAUGGGUGUUUUUUGAGGUAUAUCUGGCAAUUCAGGUUUACGCAGACAUUUCGAAAUUAAAAUGGCACAGGAAGUACCAUCACUAAGCCCUCAGUGCAAGUUCUUUGUAGUAAGAAAGAAGCGAUUUUUUCGUAUGACAGUGCGCCCUGGAUGGAAUUACUGUGGAGAGCACCAACCUCAGAUAGGCACAAAAGAUGGGAAGGAUGAAAAGCGAAUACCUUGUCCAAACGACAAUAAACAUACAUGCUAUGCAAACAAGCUACAAAAGCACCUCACCAUAUGUAAUGCUCGUCAGCGAGAGGUGCCACCUUAUAUCAAAUACAAUGUUAAUGCUCCGGUUGAAACUAGCCCCUUAAAACAACCACUUUCAGAAAUACCAUCCACUCAGAUUGAGCAGAUUAUAAAUAAAGUUAAUCUGCUAUUUGACACAUAUCUUAAAGAUAAAAUAGACACUAUGCCUGAUAGAGAAAUUCAUCCAGCUGUAAUGGAUGAAUUUCUAACAGAAGGAAGAACAGAGAGUUCUUUACGUCACUUGAGACAGGCAUCAAAGUUAAUGCAUAUAAUGGAAGAUGAGGGCUUAGUCAAAGACCAUACCUGUUAUGUUGAACUUGGAGCUGGAAAAGGCCAUCUAUCAUAUUUUGCGUGGCACGCUUGGUGUCCGGCCGCAAGUGGCAGUUCCAUUUUGUUGGUAGAGAGAGCCUCUCUCAGACACAAGAGAGACAACAAGAUCCGGAACUCGAGUGACAAUUCAAAUAAAGUAGUAAACAUUGUCCACAAAUUGAGUCCUGAAUUAUCUAAUAAAAAGGAAAUGGGCUCAUUUGAAAAUAUUAACAAUUAUAGUAAUAAGGAUGAUGAUUGUAAAACAAAAUCAUUACAGCCAGCUAAUAUCAACAAAGGAUCCUUCAGGUUAAGAGCAGAUUUAGCUCACUUGAUAUUAGAUCUCGUUCCAGCCGUGCAGAAAAGUGAAAGUAUUGUAGGCUUUGCUAAACAUUUAUGUGGAGUAGCUACGGAUUUCUCGUUGCGCUGUCUCGCAUCGGCCAAUACGCUUCCGAAAACUCGUGGCAUGCUCAUAGCCACUUGCUGCCACCACCGGUGCAGCUCAAAUGGAUAUGUGGCUCACAAACAUCUGACGGAACUGGGAAUAGACAAAAGAGAGUUUAACAUAAUGCUAGGAAUCGUCUCGUGGGCCACUUGCGGGGACGGGCGCAGCCGGGACAAAAGGGACUCCGGCCAGAGAGACCUCUCUCGGCAGCGGAGGGAAGAGGUCGGGCGUCGAGCCAAGGCCGUCCUCGACUGGGGCCGGGUGCUCUACCUCAAAGAGUGCGGUUUCGACGCUCGACUGACGUACUUUAUCCCCGACUCGGUCUCACCGGAAAACCUUUGUAUAGUAGCUAAAAAGAAUUGAGUUUUUUAAAAUAUACAAUAAUUUAUUGCAAA